AUGGCUCAUCGAGGAGAGACCUUUGAGAAAAAUGUCUCGUGUAUUGCCGAUCUGAAAGCUCUCGGGAGCAAGAAGCUCCCCAAGAUGGUCCGAGACUACUACAACGAAGGAGCUAUGGACCUCAUCACAUUGCGCGACAACGAAGCUGCCUAUGACCGGUACCGAAUCCGACCGCGGGUUUUGAUCAACGUGGGGAAGCUCGACACCAGUACAACAAUACUUGGGACAAAGGUCCCUCUGCCUUUCGGGUUCAGCCCAGCAGCCGCCCAUAAACUGGCCCACCCCGAUGGCGAGCUCGCCACGUCUCGCGCCGCCGCCAAGUUUGGUAUUUGCAUGGGUCUAUCCUCGUACUCCACCUGCUCGCUGGAAGAUGUCGCCCUGCAGGGUUGCGGAAACCCAUAUGCGAUUCAAAUGUGCGUGCUGAGGGAUCGGUCUCUCACAUUGCAGCUUCUAGAGCGGGCAGAAAAGGCCGGUUACAAGGCUCUCUUUUUAUCGGUGGAUGUGCCUGUCCUAGGCAAGCGGUUGAACGAGUACCGGAAUGAGUAUCAGAUGCCAGAAGAGAUGCAGUAUCCUAAUAUUCUCAGCUCGGGGAGUGAUAAUUCGAAUCGGACUGAUUAUGGUGGCCUUGAUUGGGAGACCGCAAUCCCUUGGCUCAGAGAACAUACCAAGAUGCAGAUAUGGCUGAAAGGAGUAAGCGCGCCCGAGGAUGUUGAACUCGCUAUUCAGUACAAGGUCGACGGGGUGAUCAUCUCCAAUCACGGGGGUCGUCAACUGGACGGUGCCCCGGCCACCUUGGAUGCCCUCCGGGACUGCGCUCCGGUCGCAAAGGGCCGCAUCCCGAUAGCCAUUGAUGGCGGCAUCCGCCGAGGCUCCGAUAUCUUCAAAGCUUUGGCACUGGGGGCCGACUUUUGUUUCUUGGGAAGAAUUCCCAUCUGGGGGCUUGCGUAUGACGGCCAACAAGGCGUGGAGUUGGCUAUUCGGAUCCUACGCCAGGAGCUGAAGAUCACAAUGGCUCUAGCUGGAUGUCGGUCGAUUGCAGAGAUUCACCGAAGGCAUUUGUCUGUCCUCGAGCCCAACGGAGUUCUCGCCAAACUAUAG